CGAAAAGAAGCGCGCGCUUGGACAAUGAGCUCGGAUACAACAGCAAGCAGCACCAGCCCUCAGCCCUGACCUCACUCAAAAUCCCACUGCCUAAUCAAACAAAAAAUAAAUUUCGGCGGCUCGAGUGCGGAUAAGCCCUCCCUCCACCCAAUCUGCCUGUCCGAGUCAUACUUUUACAGCUCUUUUCCUCCGCGGCCAUUAGAAACAGCAAGGUCUUUUUUUUUGUUGAGUCACUUUGUUUGGUGUGUCGUGGCAAUUUUUGCCUGUAGGGAAUCUCUUUUCUCUUUUUUUUCUUCUCGAUUGCUUUCUUCUUUCAUUCUGUCAGGCCGCUUGAUUUUGGAUUAAUCGAAAAUGUCGCCUCUCGUCUGCUCUGGCUCCAUAUGGGAGAAUGGCACAAUCAAUCUUUGCUUUACCGAAAAAUACUUGCAGACGUAUUUCUCGCUUGCGUUGCUCCUAUGCUCGGUCUACUCCCUGUACACCCCGCUCCUACAGCAACUCCGUCGUCUCACCACCCGUCGAGGCCACACCCCCGUCUUCCUCGGCGACGCAGACACGCUGCGCGCAUCCUCGGCCAACAGCGACUCGUUGUCGACGUACGAGAACGACGUCGACGACAUCGACGCGCCAAUCUACCGCCUGCACACAAACGAGGCCGGCCGGGAGUACUACGACGGCAUGUACGCAGACGAACCGACCGGUCUUGCGCGCCAGGUCGCGGACGCCGAAGCUGCUGCGUCGGCGGCGCUCGUGGAUACCGAGGGCGAGCAGGUGAACGACGAGGAUGCGCGCGACUUUGAGCUGGUGCUCAUGCGACCAAAGGGGACGCGCGCGCGCAGCGCGUUCGAGCAGAGUCUGCUGUUUUUGCUGAUGGCGUUCCAUACUAUUGUCUUUGCCGUCUUGAUCAUUUUCCCGGCGCCGGGGACGCCGAGUAGUCUGGGGCUUAUUCAGAUUAUUUAUGCGUUGAACUGGGGAUACCUGCUCUUGCUCGCUGUGUGCAAAGGCGCGAGCUUUCUCGAAGACGUGCCGUUUCGGUUCUGGCUGCACGGGAUCGUGCUCUACUUUGUGCAGUGGCUAAUCUCAAUCGUUGGUAUGUUUUCGCUUGUUGGGCAGCAAUCCACGUUGCUGAAGACAAUCGCCUAUACGGAUUUCAUCCUCUGCUCGGCGCUGUGGGUUCUCACCUUGGCCUCGCCGCUGCGCCGGAUCCCGGCCUAUGUCGAGGCCGUUCCCGGCACGCUGCCGAAUCCCGAGCGAUACGAGCCGCUUUAUUCCGUGCUUACCAUGGCGUGGAUGUUCCCGCUGCUGCUCACGGGGUAUAGGCGGAGGAUUCUGACGACCGAUCUGUGGGAUCUUCCCGAUGCGGUGCGGGCAAAGGUGUUGGUCAGCAGUUUUGCAAAAGUGGGCGCGAAAGGGUCGUUGAUCCGCAAGCUUGCCGCGUUCACGGUCGUUGAUUUGUUCAAGAGUUGGAUGUGGACCACGUUCGAGACGAUCGCGUCGUUUUACCCCGCGCUGAUGAUCAAGUGCAUCCUGACGCUGAUGGAGUCGCCGACCGCGAUCCCUGCGUACAUCAAGGCGAUGCUCAUCUUUGGCUUGUUUUUCUUCCCCACGUUUCGCGCGGCGGCGGGUCUGCGCUCGCAUUGGGGGUUCCGCAAUUUAUCUCUACGCAUAAAAUCGCUGAUGUGCGGCGAGGUCUACAACAAGGCCUUGACGCGGAAGAUUGGCGCGUACAUGUUGAAAGAGGAAGAAGGCGGCAAGAAAGUCGCGCCCGAGGACGACGAGGAGGAGGAUGACGAGAAUGAGGAGCUCACAAACGGUCGCAUUAUUAACCUUAUGGCGCUCGACUCGGUCCUGGUCGCGGACGUGCUGCAGUACGCAAAGCAGCUGGCCAAGAUCGUGAUGAUCUUGAUCACUGCUACCGUUUUGCUGUUUAUGACGCUUGGAUCGACGGCGUUUGUCACGAUCGGAACGAUCUUCGUGAUGAUCCCGGCGAACUACUAUAUCGGCAAGCUAUUCCAUCUCACGCAGAGACUGCUGAUGAAGGCUACCGAUGCGCGUAUCGAAAAGACUAAUGAGAUUCUGCAAAGUAUUAAGAUUAUCAAGUAUUUUGCCUGGGAGGAUCGAUUUGAAAACGUGAUUCAACAGAUUAGAGACAAAGAGCUGAAGAAAGUGCUGCUGAAGUACUACCUCUGGUCGACCGCCGGUGUUUUCUUCUACGGUUUCACGCCGAUCGUGACCCUCACCACGUUUGGCUACUACACCCUAAUCGUGAAAAAAGAACUCACGGCCUCUGUCGCGUUCACCACGAUCGCGCUCGUCAACCAACUGCAGAAUCCGAUGGACAUGCUGAUCGACGUGCUAGUCCAGGUCGUGCAGUGCAAGGUCUCGCUGGGCCGAAUCUCGCGGUUCUUGCUCGAGCCGGAGACGGAGAAGUACACGCAGCUGCAGACGCCCUCGACGCCGGACGCGCCGGUGAUUGGGUUUGAGAACGCGACGCUUUCGUGGAAUAGCGGGGAUGAUAACGAGACGGAUUUUAAGCUGCGCGAUCUUAACCUGAACUUCAAAGUCGGCGAGCUGUCGGUCAUCGUCGGUCCGACUGGGUGUGGCAAGUCGUCGCUGCUGUUGGCGCUCUUGGGUGAGAUGUCGCUCGUCAAGGGAAAAGUCUAUCUUCCGCACCGCAAGGGCUUCUCGCGCCCGCGCGUGGACCCGAUAACAGGAUUUGCAGAGUCGGUGGCGUACUGCGCGCAGCAGGCGUGGCUGCGGAACGACUCGAUCAAGAACAACAUCCUCUUCGACUCGCCCUACGACGAGCGACGGUAUCGGGCAUGCGUCCACGCGUGCGCUUUGCUGCGCGACUUUGAGAUUCUCGAGUACGGCGACCAGACUCCGAUCGGCGAGAAAGGUAUCGCCAUGUCCGGCGGCCAGAAGCAGCGCAUCGCGCUCGCUCGCGCGCUGUACUCGCCCGCGCGGCAUUUAAUCCUCGACGACUGUCUCAGCGCGGUAGACUCGCACAGCGCGCAGUGGAUCUACGAGAAAUGCAUUCUGGGCCCGAUGAUGCAGUCGCGGACGUGUGUGCUUGUGUCGCAUAACGUGUCGCUGACGCUCACUGGCGCAGACUUUGUCGUCGUGAUGGAGAACGGCGGGGUGAAGGCGAGCGGUACGCCGCAAGAGGUGUAUGAGCUUGGUGCGCUGGGUGCGGACGAGACCUUGCAGCUUACGAUUUCGGAGAAUAAUUCGCGGGCGGCGUCGCGUGCAGCGUCGAGAGCAGCGUCGGCGGUUGAUUUGGCGGCGGUGGCGGCGGCUGCGGCGGAAGAGGCUGCGCCGUCGACGGUCGCUGCUCAGCACGAUGAGAACCCUGAUCCGUUGCUGUUUGAGGAGCCUGCGGAUGUGCAGGAGGAAGAGAUGCUGAUCAAGUCUAUCGCCGCGCCGCCGCAGGACGAGGAUCAGGAGGAAGGCAGUGUGAGUCGCGACGUGUACCUCCUGUACCUUAAAGCCAUGGGUAACUGGGGCUUCUGGCUCGGCGUGCUGCUUGUGCAUCUAGGCCAGCAGUUUUCCCAGCUGGGCGAGACGUACUGGAUUCGGCAGUGGACCAACCAGUUGCCGGAGGAGGACACCGAAGGUGUUUCUGCUACGAGCGCGGGUGGUUACUCGCCCGGCAAGUUUGUGAUGAUUUACGGGCUGAUUGCGUUGAGCUACAUCACAUUCUCGACAAUCAGACCGCUAGUUGUGUUUACGGGCGGUGUACGCGCGUCGCGCAAGAUCUUUAAGAGACUGCUCACGGCGAUUCUGCAUGGUGUGCCCCGGUUCUUUGACGUGACCCCCGUCGGCCGGAUUCUGAACCGCUUCUCGAGCGACGUCGAGCGUCUCGACGAAGGCGUGGGUCCUUCAGUGUACGGAGUUGUGUACACGAGCAUGACGCUCUUUUUCGUCGUGGCGACGAUUUCGGUGCUGUUCCCGCCUUUGCUAUUCGGCGUGGUUUUGAUCGCAGGAGCGUAUGGCGUGAUGGCGCUUCUGUAUCUUUCCGCCGGACGCGAGGUGAAACGGCACAACUCGACAGCGAAAAGUCCGGUGUAUCAGCACUUUGGCGAGACGCUCGCGGGUCUUGCGACGGUGCGCGCGUUUGGCUACGAGCAUGCGUUUGCAAAGAAGAACGAGGCCGUGCUGGAUACCUUUAUGCGCGCGCACUACGUGUACUUUGCGGUUACAAACUGGCUGUUUUUCUACUCGAACCUGAUCGGUGGCUUGCUGCUGGCGAUUGUCGGCACUUAUAUCUUGCUUUUCCAGAUGCGGUCGAUCGAUCCUGGUCUGGCGGGCCUGUGCCUGACAUAUGCGACCAACUUCAGCGGCGUGGCGGAGUGGUUUGUGCAGGCGUACGGAAACAUCGAGAUGGACAUGAACUCUGUCGAGCGCAUCAACUCGUAUCUCAAGACCGAGCAGGAAGCGGCCGAGAUUGUCGAGGAUCACCGGCCGCCGCAGAGUUGGCCGGACAAUGGCGCGAUCGAGGUCGAGAACUUGUCGCUGAGGUAUGCGCCGGAGCUGCCGAAGGUUAUCAACGGCGUGUCGUUCAAGAUCCAGCCGAGGUGGAAGGUUGGCGUUGUCGGGCGCACAGGAGCGGGCAAGUCGACUAUUGCGGCAGCGUUUUUCAGGUUCUUGGAGGCGGAUGAGGGGAAGAUUGUUAUUGAUGGGAUUGAUAUCUCGACGAUUGGAUUGAAGGAUUUGAGGAAUGGAUUGACUAUUAUCCCGCAAGAUCCCACGCUGUUUACUGGCACGGUGAGAACGAAUCUUGACCCGUUUGAUCAAUACACGGACGCCGAGAUCUUCCAAGCCCUGCGUCGAGUGCGUCUGAUCACCGAGGCUCCCACCGCCGGCGUUCCGCUGACGACAGAGCAAGAGUCCAACACGUUUAUGAAGCUGAGCAACCCGAUUGCGGAAGCCGGCGGCAACUUGUCGCAGGGCCAGCGGCAGCUGAUGUGUCUUGCGCGGUCGCUGCUCAAGUCGCCGCGCGUGAUUAUCCUCGACGAAGCGACCGCGUCGAUUGACUACGACACGGACGCGCAGAUCCAGGUGACUAUCCGCGAGGAGUUUUCGCAGUCUACGAUUCUGACGAUUGCGCACCGGCUGCGGUCGAUUAUCGACUACGACAUGAUUCUGGUGCUGGAGGGCGGGAAGGUGAAGGAGUACAACUCGCCGCACAUGCUGCUGCAGGACGAGCAGUCGACGUUCCGGUCGAUGUGCGAGAGCAGCGGAGAGCUGGAUAGCUUGAUGCAGCUGGCGGAGGAGGCGUACAACAAAAGCUUGGGUGCGUAGAGGUAGAAGUAGAGGUAGAUACGAGAGCGUUUAUUGUGUAUGUGUUUUAAUAGCGAAGUAAUAGAGAAUCAAGCGCAGAUGAAA